AUGUUACAUUUUCGGUCAGCGGUAGCGCUCAAGGAGUUAUUUCAGACCCCGCUGAAGCGUCCGUUGACAGGUAGAGUCGGUGUGAAAGCGGCACCUGCAGCCUCCGCCUGCUUCAGCAGCGGCAGCGGUGCUUUGGAUGGGAGGUCGCCGGGCAGAGGGAGGGCUUUUGCCGGGUGGAGAGCUCCGCCGCAGCUCUCCAGGAGGCACGCCGUGAGAGGCUAUUGCUCCAAAGGUGACGGCCAGAAUGAAGCGUCCAAGGACUCUGCGGCGGAAAAGAGAAGGAAGGCCGGCAUCCUGCCCAGCCUGGAGGACCUGCUCUUCUACACCAUCGCAGAGGGCCAGGAGAAAAUCCCUGCACACAAGUUCACCACAGCUCUUAAAUCCACGGGGCUUCGCACAGGAGACCCUCGGCUGAAAGAAUGUAUGGAGAUGCUGAAGGUGACCGUGAAGACGACGUCUGACGGGGCGCUCGACCGACACCUCUUCAAAAAGUGUGUCCAGAGCAACAUCGUCCUGCUGACUCAGGCCUUCAGGAAGAAGUUUGUCAUCCCGGACUUCCAGUCCUUCAGCGCCCACAUCGACGAUCUCUACGAAAACGCUAAGAGCAUGUCAGGAGGGCAGGUGGCCGACUACAUUCCCCAGCUGGCCCGUUUCAGCCCGGAUCUGUGGGCCGUCGCCUUGUGCACCGUCGACGGACAGAGGCACACUGUCGGCGACACCAAGGUCCCGUUCUGUCUGCAGUCGUGCGUGAAGCCGCUGAAAUACGCCAUCGCCGUCCACGACCACGGCACGGAGUACGUGCACCGCUUCAUCGGCAAAGAGCCGAGCGGCCUGCGGUUCAACAAGCUCUUCCUGAACGAGGACGAUAAACCACACAACCCCAUGGUUAAUGCCGGCGCUAUCGUCUGCACCUCCCUCAUCAAGCAAGGAGCAAGCAACGCCGAGAAGUUCGAUUAUGUCAUGAACUUCAUGAACAAACUGGCAGGAAACGAGUACGUCGGCUUCAGCAACGCCACUUUCCAGUCGGAGCGAGAGUCUGGAGACAGAAACUUUGCCAUCGGCUACUACCUGAAGGAGAAGAAGUGUUUCCCGGAGGGCACAGACAUGACCUCCAUCCUCGACUUCUACUUCCAGCUGUGCUCCAUCGAGGUGACCUGUGAGAGCGCCAGCGUCAUGGCGGCCACUCUGGCCAACGGCGGCUUCUGUCCAAUCACAGGCGAGCGCGUCCUGAGCCCGGAGGCGGUGCGAAACACUCUGAGUCUGAUGCAUUCCUGCGGCAUGUACGACUUCUCAGGACAGUUCGCUUUCCACGUCGGUCUGCCGGCUAAAUCCGGCGUCGCUGGAGGAAUCCUGCUGGUCGUUCCAAACGUGAUGGGCAUCAUGUGUUGGUCUCCUCCGCUGGACAAGCUGGGCAACAGUGUCAGAGGCAUCCAGUUCUGCACGGAUCUGGUUUCUCUCUGUAACUUUCACAACUACGACAACUUGAGACACUUCGCUAAGAAACUGGAUCCUCGCAGGGAGGGAGGAGACCAGAGGGUGAAGUCAGUGAUCAAUCUGCUGUUUGCUGCCUACACCGGAGACGUCUCAGCUCUGAGGAGGUUUGCGUUGUCCUCCAUGGACAUGGAGCAGCGGGACUACGACUCCAGGACGGCGCUGCAUGUGGCUGCUGCUGAAGGACAUGCCGAGGUGGUUCGCUUCCUGCUGGAGGCCUGUAAGGUCAACCCAGUCCCCAAAGACAGGUGGGGAAACACACCGAUGGACGAGGCGGUCCACUUCGGCCACCACGACGUGGUGACCAUCCUCCGCGACUACCACACCCAGUACAGCCCUCAGGAACCGACCGCCGACAAGCAGAACGCAGAGAAGAACCUGGACGGGAUGCUGUGACGAGACACGGCUCCAGACAGGAAGCUGGACGGUUGAUGUUCAAGAAAGUCAACCAGGACGAGUCGCUCUGAGGGGAGAGAGGUCUUAAACCAGAGAGGUCAGACAGGAAACUCUACAAACAUCACAUUAACUCCCUUUAGAGCAGCCAGCGGCCCUUCAGAGUAAAAGCUCCUCAUCGUGUUAGUAGAUGUUGUCGGUUUUUGUAUGUUGAUGUAUGUAAACUGAGUGAGGACGAUGUUUUUCUUUCAGUUCUCCUUCUGUAUUUAACCAUCAGCCACACAGCUGAAUGCUGGGUAAAUUCAGCUGCGGCUGGGAAAUCCACUUUAUUUUGAAAAGCAGGAAGGAGCGAAUUUAGACGGUUACAAACCUUCCUCACUUCAUCAUCACAACAUGGUGGAAUGUAUCUUCCCCCAAACACUGUGUGUGUGUGUGUGUGUGUGUGUGUGUGUGUGAUAUUUAUCUAUUUAAGAUAAACUGUACAUUCAUGUAGUGUGUGUGUGCGUGUGUGUGAGAUGAGGAUGUAUUAGUGUAAAUACGUACAGGUGUAUAGUUGUAGUUCUGUAGUCUGAAACAGGAAGUCCUCGCCUGGCGUCCGAUAACCAGAAAAACAAUAAAACGUGACAGUUUAAAUUAUUAAUAUUUACAUUUUUGUCGCUUUAAACAGAAAAUGAGUUUUAAAAGAAUGAUUUUUUUUGUUUUGCUAUCUAAUAGCUGUUUGUUUUUUUUUACCCCCAAAAAACUGGAGUUUUAUUUUUUACCAUUAAACUGUUUUUGUUUGAUAUUUAUUUUGUUGUAACUGAAGGAAACACACGUGAUGAAGUCGGCCAAAGUUGAGCUUGUAAACCAGAUGUGACACUGCCAGCACCGACAGAAGCUUCGAUUAGUGUAACGAUCGUUUUCAUAAUAAGUUAGAUUUAAGCUUUUAUUUUGCAUAUUAUAUUUUCAAUUGUGAGAAAUUAUGUCAAAGGAGACUCACUCAACAACAGAAAAUAUGAAGUUAUGUGCAGCCAAACGUUGAUUAAACCCACAGAACUGAAAGAUUUAAAAAAUCUAAAACGAUCUUUUUUCUGUUGAUCCAUUAAUGACCAAACUGCUGAACCAGAAUUAUUUAUAUAUCAAAAAUAUGCGAUAUGAGAAAAGAUGAAUAUUGUUCCGACUGGUUUCCAAACUCUAAACGUCUUAAAGUGAAACAUCAACACUGAAACAGCUGAUUCAGCUCUUAAAUGAGCUGAAGAGAUUUUCUGAAGCUGCUUCUUACAAAUUCACAACAAAAGCCAUCGAUCACUUUCGUGAGUGGCGAGGAAAAAGUGCAGAGACGGUGAGCAGAACUGGACUCAGUGGUGCGGCUGUUCGUCCCAUCCAGAACUCCACUACAGCUGCUGAACUGGUCCAAAAGGCCAUUUAAGCAAAUUUUAAAGCAUCAAACAACCUCAGAAACCAACUUUGAAGCUCUCUGAUUGGUUGUUUCUCGCAGCGAUGCUCUGAGGGAAGCGUAGAAAGUUCCCCGACAGACAGUCAGAGAUAGAAAAAUGUUAAAUCUACAAAAGUCUGACGUUUUCUACUGAACAAACCUGAAAUAUUUUCCUUGGUUGAGUGCACCGCCUCCUCUCGUUUCAUGCUGUAACACUUUAAACGUUUCUUUCUUAAAAUCACGGUUUUGUGCAGAGAAAGUGUCGACUGUAAUGUAUCACAUGAUUUAUGAAAGUGUGUGUGUGAACACUCGGAGGACUCAGGAAGGUCCGUCUGUCCCCGCGGCAGAUCUGAAACACUAAAAACUAAACCGAAGGAGCUUUACAACGCAGACAGAUUGUCGUUGGAGUUUUUGUUUUUUAAUCUGUCAUACUUGAAGAGUUGUGGUUUUCGUGACAAGUGUUUGUUUUGUUCCUGAAGUUUGGAUGUUGUUUCUGUGCGAACUGAACCAGGCGACCACCGUCUGCGAUAUCAACAAUCCUCAGUCCGAUUUAGUGCGACGUUUUUAUCCCUCAGGUUGGGAUCAGCUCGUUCGGUUUGAAUGAAAUUAUUUAAAAGAAAUGAAGCACAAAAAACUGAACUAUUUGAUGCAACAAUUAGCAAUAGAAAUGUGAUGAUUGUAAGAUGAAAAUCAGCAAUAUGGAUUUCUGUUUUGGGUUGAAACGAGCCGAUCCCGACCUGCAGCUCCGCUCACUCAGCUGUCGUACGUAUGAAGUGACGUCUGUGUGCAGCCGCGACUGAAGUAUUCUGAAUGUAACGUGUUUGGUGUCGUUCUGUUUCUUCUUCAUGUAUAUUUAUGCUGCUUCGGCUCACGGCGGACGGUUUUCCUGAGUGUCGCAGCACUUCAGAUAUUUAUUCACAGAUCAAACAUUUAAUAAAAGUGUAAAAAUCAA